AUGUGUGGUGUUGGGACGGACUGGUGGUGCUGGUUCAGACACAACUGCAAAACGCAAAACGACAACAACAAGGAGCCACAACAGCAGAUUCUGGCUCCUCCAGGUGACAAGACAUUUUUGUGCGAAACAUGUGGAAAAUAUUUCCAACAUAAAAAAAGCUUGUUGGCCCACGUGAAAAGAUUCCACAGUGUUGAUCAACCAUAUGUAUGCAACACCUGUGGGAAAAGAUUUGUGGAUAAAUCUGUAUUUGAGAUUCAUAAAAGAGUCCACAGUGAUGAGAAACCAUUUCCUUGUCAAAUAUGUGGAAAAUAUUUCAAAUUGAAAAGAGGCUUAAAAGCCCACAUGAUAAUCCACACUGGGGAAAGACCGUUUUCUUGCAGCAUCUGUGGGAAAACAUUCGCUCGGAAAUCCCAUUUGGAGUAUCAUGUGAGAAUCCAUACUGGGGAGAAUCCAUAUUCCUGCAUCACCUGUGGAAAAACAUUCACUCACAUAUCUGCUUUGAACUCUCAUAAAAAAAUCCAUACUGGGGAGAAGCCAUAUUCCUGCAACACUUUUGGGAAAGCAUUUCAUAUCACAUCACAUUUGAAGUAUCAUACAAGAAUCCAUACUGGGGAGAAGCCAUAUUCCUGCAGCAUCUGUGGGAAAACAUUCACUCAGAAAUCAAAUUUGAAGUAUCAUACAAGAAUCCAUACUGGGGAGAAACCAUAUUCCUGUAAAUUAUGUGAAAGAGGUUUCAGAUUUUCUAGUAACUUACUUGUCCACAUGAGACGAAGCCACAAGGAUGAAGCGUCAUAGAUGCAACUCCUGAGAGGAAGUAUUCUGAGCAAUUGUUAAGAUUAGAAAGCCAUUGAAGCGUUUUAUUAAAGCUGUGUGAAUUUCCUGUUAGUUUUUGGUAUGGAUAUGUGUAUGCAUGCUUCACCAAUAUCUACUCUGGCUUGAUUUGUAUAAUACAUUGAUAUAAUAAGGUAAAGAUGACUGGUGAUUUAUUCCUAUACGAUAAUGUUGAGUUUGAAAAAAAUAAGUUUACCCGCUUUUGCGUCUUCAUGAGCUGAAUUGAAGAAUAUUUCGAACAGAACUUGUCUUUUAUAUGUUAUAUUGCGUUGUAGCAAGAAGAGGCAGAAAGACAUGUGUAUAGGCAGUCUGCUGCACGUAUCACCGUGCAAGCUUAUGAGAUUCUGUUACACUACAAGUUAUACAACAGUUUUAUAAGAAUAUAAAAUGCAUGUAAGAUAUCCCAGUUUCCAGUGAAUGAACAGUGUUUACGUGCACGCAAAGGGUGAAGAUCUACUGAGUCCAGAGCUAAAGUACAGGCAGUUAAACAUUUACACAAUACAAUAAAAAGAUAUCAAAAUAUACUAUGUACAAAUUUCACAUUACAGGGGUGUCAACACAAAAUCUAUGACGUUGUAUGUACUUUUUAACGGCAGCUUCAGUAGGUAUUAAAAAGAAAAAAGUAUACAGUA